UUCGGAGGCCAAAUUCUACAUCACGGCCAUGUCGACGUUCUUGACUGUCGUCGAGAAGAUGCGGGAGCAGGGUGGCGUUGUGGAACAGGUGAAAUAGCGUCGCGAUGUGCCAGAGGGGAACACAAAAGUGGGGGUUAGCAAGUGAUUCGGGGGGAAAGCAACACGAUGACGGAGAAUUGCGGGGCCGCACGAAUUUUCGUCAAGGCUACCUGGGAGAGACCGUAUUCAACUACGUUGUCUCAUGUAAGAAUGCAUGUACUCACGGUGUUCAUAGUGUUCGAUUAUUAUCUUUCAAUCCGGAAUUUGCGAGUGGACGCGUCGAGCGCAUGUGGCACGAUAGCCACAGACGCGUGAGCGCUCGUCAACAACGUGCUGGUGUCGCGGUUGCUUAUCCGCUUGCUGCUUUGUUCCUUGCGACAACUAUGAGACAUUCUCCCUAACUCGCCAGUGUGCUCCUUCUAUGUCGAACCUUGCCAUAGAUCACCUCCCUAGCAUCCAAGUUCAUUUCUGUGUUGACCUCCGCCAGACUGCUUGCCAUCGUCUACGCCACCCGCCGCAUGAACGGACAUCAGUGAGUAU